AUGGAACAAAAAAAAGAAGAUUAUAUUUUUGAAAAAGAUGAAAUUAUAAAUUUAAAUGUAGGUGGUAGAUUAUUUAGAACGUAUUUAUCAACAUUACAAAAGAGUGAAUUUGAAAACUCUUUAUUGGGAACCAUGUUCAACCCAAGAAAUAAACACCUAUUAAAACCAAACGAAAAAAGUGAAUAUUUUUUCGAUAGAUCACCGGAUCUAUUUGAAUACAUUAUCAACUAUUAUAGAACCAACGAACUAGAUAUACCAAUUUCAAUUCCCUAUAAAAUGUUUAUAAAAGAAUUGGAUUAUUUUCAAAUGCCUCAUCACUCAUCCACAUGUAAUAAUAAUAAUUAUAAUUUUAAUACAAUGAAUAGUUUUAAAUUAAAUUUAAAUCCAAUUCAACAACAACAGCAUCAACAACAAUUAAAUUUAAACUCAAUUCAACAACAGCAGCAACAGCAACAACAGCAACAAUUAAAUUUAAAUAAAUCUAAUCUUAGUCCAAGAUUAAUAAAUAAUGUAUUAUUAAGUAAUUUAAAUAAUAAUAGCAAUAAUAGUAGUAAUGGUACUAAUAGUGGUAAUAAUAGUAAUUCAAAUAGCUGUAAUAUAUCACCAAGAGUAGUUUUAAAUAAUGAAAAUCAAUGUAAUAUAAAUAAUAAUAAUGAAAGCAAUCAAAAUAAUAUUAUUGAUAAUCAAAAUAAUAAUCAAAAUAAUCAAAAUGCUACAUCACUUUGUACCUGUAAUAAUAUGCUAUUGGGUGAAAGAUUAAAAUUACUAUCAUUAGAUAAAGCAAGAAAAGAUGGUGGUGAUAUGUUGGAACUAAUUAAAAUCUAUUGUUAUGAAACUUUAAUCAAGGCAGCAGAGCAAGGUAAACAAUAUGAAAUUAUACAAUUUAAAUCAUCUGAUACCGAAAUUGAAAAAUUUUAUUCAUUCAUUUCAAAUCUUAGAAAUAGAGAAUUAUUUCUUUUAGAUUUAAUGAAUGAUGGUUUUGAUGUUAAUUUUAGCGAAGAAUUUGGUCGUUAUUAUCACUCCUAUUUAUUACAAAUAACAUUUUGGUCAAGAUAUUCAACCAGUUCAAAUGUUAAAAAACAAAUAAAAUUACUAUAUAUUUCCAGUUUUCAAGUUUUCAAAAUGAAACAAAUGAUUAUGUCUUAA